UUUCUUACCCCAUCCAUCCCUGCCUCCCUCAGUUAGCAGAGCUCGAGCGUGUAGGUCCGUAUAAAUUAUGAUGCUCGUGGGGCUGAGAAAGAAACACAUGCUUCGUCAACUUGACUUGGGUGAGAAUCAGAUUGUGUCUGAAGUGAGUCCCAUUUGAUCUUCGCUCUCCCAAUUCCAAAUAUCUUUCUGAUCUUUCCCUCUUUGCCAAGUUCCAGCCGGGAAAAGCUGUGAGAAAGAAGAAAAGGAAUUGUCAUGCACAUCCUGAUCACCGGAUAAAUGGUUCCGGUGGUCGGGCUGUUUUCAGAAGAGCAUAAGAUUUAUUGUAGGUUUACGAUUCUGUCCUCUCUCCAAUGGAUGGGGAUGAAGGCUUAUUGGUGGAGGGAGGCAAAAGGGGUUUUCACUUAGUCCUGUUGCGAAUCUUCGUACUCCUCCUUUUACCAAUUUUCAGCUUUUUCUUUUUAUCGUUUCUAGUUGGUCUUUUAGCACUUCUCUUUGGGGAAUUAUCAAUUUCGGCUCCUAUUUCUCUUCUCUCUCGCUGCAGGAUAGUAUCCAGCUCUGUGGACCUGAGGUCAUCAAAAGUAUGUGAAAUUGGGUUGUUGAAUUACAAAGCAAAGAAUGUAUUCUCUCCUUCAGUACGCAGUCAAUUUCGAUGUCGUUAUGAUUAUUACUGGGCCUCUGUCUUCAAGGUGGAAUACAGAGACCAUUUGUUAGGUCAAAUGCGACUGGCAUUUGCAGAGGCACCGCAUGAGGCGCUUCCUUUCAAUUGCAGACCCAAUUUCGGUGCUGCAUGGCUGACAAAGAAUCAAUUUAAGGUGAAUGAAACUUAUGACUGCUGGUAUACAUCAGGCGUUUCGAAAAUAAGGUUAUAUCCUGAUGGCUUCUUUAGUUGCCAAGCAAAGGAUCCAUCUAUAACAGAGAUGGUUAAGCAGUACUAUUUCUUGUUCACGAAAGUUUUCUACUCAUGGUUUGCCAACACAAGAGCAGCUAGGUAUUGGAAGUGGGAAAUGGUAGCUGGUGUCCUUACUGGUUUUUCUACUUCCUUGAUAACUAUCAGCAUUGUUAGAAUCUUACAACAAAUGAAAUCUUGGUUUCCUCGAGCUUCAUCAGCAAGGAUACUUGGGCAGGUCAUCUAUACAGCUAGCUUCAGGCAGAUGGAAGUUACGUUCUAA